AGUGCCUCCAACAGUAACCUCACUCCAGGAAAUUCACUGGAUACCAAUAAAUCUAUGAACGCUCUCAAGUCGUUAAAAGAGUACAUAUUGGAUAUGGUGGAAAGCGUUAAUGGAGUAAAGGUAUUAAUUCUAGAUGAAUAUACUAGAGACGUUGUUUCUGUUGUAACACCUUUUAGUAUGAUUAUGCAAAAGGAAGUUUUUCUUGUAGAUCUGUUGAGUAAUCACACCAGACAGAAAUUAUCAAACAUGCGUGCUAUUGUUUUUAUCCGACCAACAAAGGAUAAUGCCUAUCUUUUAAAAGAGGAACUCUCCGAUCCUAAAUAUCAAUCCUACAAUGUUUUUUUCUCCAAUGUUGUUGAUGAAGAAAUUCUUCAUAGAUUUGCGGAAAUAGAUAAGAAUGAAAUGGUUAAAAGCGUAUUUGAAUAUUUUACUGAAUAUUUGGCUCUAGAUAACUCGAUUUUUUCGUUGAAUAUGCCUAAAACUUUUAAAAUGAUGACCAGCCGUUCAGAAACAUCUGACACACUUGUUCCAAAGCUAACUGAUGGAUUGACAAGUGUUUUGUUAUCUCUUAGGAAAAGACCAAUUGUAAGAUAUCAAAAGAAUUCUAUUCCUUGUAAAUUAUUAGCUCAAAAUUUGAGUGAAAGAAUUUCUGGAAGAGACAAAUCAAUGAAGGGUAUUUUCGAUUUUAAAAUGGAUUAUGAAACCAGAUAUCAUACUAAAGCACCUCCAGCACCUAUUUUAUUGAUUUUGGACAGAAGAGAUGAUGCUAUCACACCACUUUUAACACAAUGGACUUACCAAGCAAUGAUUCAUGAACUCAUUGGGCUUAAUAACAAUGUAAUCAAAUAUCCAUCUGAUGAAAAAAGAGAAGAAGUCUUUACGGCCCAAUAUGAUGAAUUCUUUUCUCAGAAUAUGUAUGAAAAUUGGGGAGAUUUAUGUAAAAAUGUAAAAAAAAUUGUUGAUAGAUACCAACAGAAUCAUGACAUGAAAGAAAAUAUUCAAUCUAUUGAAGAUUUAGCUAACUUUAUGAAAAACUUCCCAAUAUUUAAAAAACAACAACAAGAAGUAGAAAAACACAUUACAAUGGUAACUGAACUUCGUUCCAUUGUUUCCAGACGUAAAUUACUUGAUGUAUCAGAAGUUGAGCAAGAGCUGGUUUGUGGUCAAACACAUGACAAUAUUUUUGAAGAAUUGAAAAAGAUUAUCAAGAAUGAAAAUACUCUUAAACUAGAUGCCCUCAGACUUGUAAUUAUUUAUUCAUUAAGAUAUGAAGAUAGAAAGUCUGAACUCAAACUUCUGAAGGAGUUGCUUGAGGAUAAAGGUGUAGAAGAAACUUGGUUGGUGGAUGGAGCAAUAAGAUUUGGAGGUAAAUCAGCACGUACUCCUGGCCUUUUCGACGAACAACCAAAAUCUCUUUCAAUAACUUCAUUAUUUAAGAAAGUGGCAAGUGAAUUCCAGGAUAAGGAAGUCUCCAAUGUAUUUACCCAACACAAACCAAGACUUUAUGAAACUUUGGAAUUUUUAUUUAAAGGAAAAUUAGAUACUGAGAAAUAUCCAUUUAUCAGUGAUACUUCAAAGGACAUACCACAAGAGGUGAUAGUAUUUAUUGUCGGUGGCAUUACUUAUGAGGAAGCUUCAGCUGUAGAAUUGUUCAACAGUAAGGCUAGAAGAGAGGCUGAAGAAAGCGCCAAACUGAAAGCUAACUUUGGUGUUAUUAGCUCAUUGAAUCAAAUUGACGAUAAUUUCAAGUCUGUAAUUUUGGGUGGCACCAGUGUUUUAAACUCAAAAUCAUUCCUAAGAGAACUUGAAAAUAUUGAUGGACAUUAAUUAUUAAAAUUGAAAUUAUUAUUCCUUU